AUGGCCGCCGCUUCGCAAACCAACGGCGAUACUCGACCGGCCACAGCACGACAGGCCACCGCCCCCUCGGUCAUCAUGAACGGUCACUUUGGAGGUUCAGGCGAGAAUCUCCCCGCGAAGGACUUCGAGCAUGGCAUCCAGAUCAUCGAUCAGGACAAGAUCUUCAAUGCAAACCUGCCGCAAUACCUACAGCUGGAGAACGUCGUACGAGCGGGCUUCAAUUACCAUCUCAUCUCCGUCUUUGGAAGCCAGAGCACGGGAAAGAGCACGCUGCUGAACUAUUUAUUUGGGACACGAUUUGGUGUGAUGAGCGAGCAGGAAAGAAGGCAGACGACCAAGGGAAUCUGGAUGUCGAAGAACAAGAAAGAGAAAGCGACGGGUAUGGCGGAGAACAUCCUCGUCAUGGACGUGGAAGGUACAGACGGUCGCGAAAGAGGGGAGGAUCAGGACUUUGAGCGGAAGAGUGCGCUCUUCGCCCUGGCGACGAGCGAGGUGCUGAUCGUCAACAUCUGGGAGCAUCAAGUAGGUCUAUACCAAGGCGCAAACAUGGGCCUCCUCAAGACCGUUUUCGAGGUCAAUCUCCAGCUCUUCUUGAAGGACUCGAAGAGCGUACCCCGAAGUCUUCUAUUCUUCGUGAUCCGAGAUCAUCUGGGUACUACGCCUCUUGGGAAUCUGAAGCAGACGCUCUUGGCAGACCUGUCUAGGAUAUGGGCCUCGCUGUCGAAGCCUCAUGGCAUGGAGAAGAGCAAGAUCGAUGACUACUUCGACUUUGCCUUCUGCGCCCUGCCCCACAAGAUUCUGCAGCCGGAGAAGUUCGAGCAGGAGGUAGAAAGGCUGGGAAGCAGAUUCAGAGAAGGCUUCAGGGACCCUCGGAAGGAAGGCUUGGUGGACGAGAAGUCAGAGCCCAUUUUUCUGCCACAGUACCAUCGAAGAAUUCCGGCAGAUGGUUUCCCAAUGUAUGCCGAGGGCAUCUGGCAGCAAAUCGACAGCAACAAGGAUCUGGAUCUACCCACCCAACAGGAGCUUCUGGCCCAAUUUAGAUGCGACGAGAUAUCCAAGGAAGUGCUCAUUCCAUUUGAUGAGGUGAUCACGCCCCUCGAGGAGCUACAAGCGACUGCUGUUGCAGCUGGCAAGCCUUCCGUGGUUGCAGAGCUUGGACAGAAGAUGCUCCUCGCAAGGAAGACAGCUCUUGGUAGCUUCGAGGAGGAAGCCAGCAGGUACCACAAGGGAGUCUACAAGCGUAAGCAGUCUGAACUUGAAUCUAAGAUCGAUGGACGAUUGAAGACACUAUUUCAAGGUCAGCUGAGCGCAGCGCACAAGAGCGGCGUUCAUGACUUCUCGGAGGCUGUCAGCUCGGCGGUGAAGGCUGGACAGAAGACGGGAGCAAGCUACGAUUUCCACCAAAUUGUGCAAAGUGAGAAGCAGAAGGCGUUGGAGAAGUAUGAAGCAGAAGCGAAGGCUUCAUUAAUUGUUGGCACCUCCUGGAGCGACUACAAGCAGCCGCUGAACCUAUACCGAAAGGAGCUGGACGACGUUAGUGCUCGCUUGAGACAGGAUGAGAUGAGACGUUUGGCAAGCCGCAGUGAAAGAUGGGUUCGCAGCAAGCUUGGCGAGAGUGUUGGUGUGGAGUUCAACAAGCUUGGGUCUGGUCGUGGUGGCUCUGGCGCGCCCGCAGAAGGCAAGAAACCCGCGACGGAGAAGGACUUGUGGGACCGAAUCUGGAAUGUCUUCACCGAGACUGUCUCACACGCCGAGACUCGUUUUACUGAGCGAGCGCGCAGCUUUGACGCCAGCCCAGAUGAAGUCGAAGUUGGACUGUGGCGUCUGAGGCGAAAGUCUUGGGGAGCUCUACGUGACAAACUCGACGAGGAGCUCAUGGAGGGCAAUCUGCUUCUCAAGCUUCGCGAGAACUUCGAAGAUAAAUUCCGCUACGACGAAGAGGGCGUCCCACGGAUAUGGCGACCUACCGACGACAUCGAGGGCUUAUACACUCGUGCAAGAGAAAGCACGCUAACUCUGAUUCCGUUCCUCUCCAAAUUCCGGUUGUCUAGUACCUCAGCCUCACCACCACUCGAUGCUUGGAUCGGCGAGCCGCCGAGUACGGUCACCCCUGCGGAUGAAGAGGAUCUACAGCCUAUCGGAGGCGUUGACGAGGAAGACGGCAAGACUCUUGACGAUGAGAUGACUGUCAUCAGCGACGCGAGACAGCAAGACUUGAUGACGCGAUUCAAGAAGACGGCAGACGGUGUCUAUGUCGAAGCCAAGCGCAGCGCAAUUGGUGGCGUCACGCAGGUGCCGCUGUAUUUCUACGGCUUGCUUCUGGCCCUGGGUUGGAAUGAGAUUGUCGCUGGUAAGUACACCGCCCGGAAACGAGAGGGAAUCGCCAUACUAAUCGUAUCUCUCAGUCUUGCGGAAUCCAGUCUACUUCAUCCUCCUCAUCCUUUUGGGCGCAGCUGCAUAUGUCACCUACACCCUCAACCUCUGGGGACCCAUGCUCCGAAUGACGAACGCCGCCAGCCAACAAGGAUUGGAGAUCUUCAAGGAGAAAUUGAGAGAAUUCUUGGAGUCUUCUGAGACUGGGAGACAGGCUAUUGGGAUGAGCCAGAAGGCUGGGAGCCCGAUCAAGUAAGUUUGUUGUUACCCUUGAUGAGGUUCAUUUCAUUUGGCUGACUUGUGACGUGCAGCCUGGAUACACUGAAUAGCAACGGCACGACCAAGACCACAGCCAAAAAGGAAGAUGACGAAGUCGAUGAGAUUUGA